AUGUUUUCCCGCGGAAAAUUACUGUGUGACCUGGUGUAUAACGGGGAUCAACAGGACACAACUUCAGGAUAUGGUAAAGACGUGGUUCCGACUCCAACCGAAGUAAUGCAUACUAUCAAUGAUGUUACUGACCAUGAUACACAACCGUCAACUUCUGCUUCGCUCACUGACAUUUCAAAUAAUCUCGUGCCAUUGACUAGCUUCCACCACAUGAAAUCUGACAAUGGUUCACAGAGAGAGGAAGAGUUUUUCUCGGGAAGACCCGAAGGUUCAUUUUCAAGCCCACCCCCAGAUAUUAAUGUGAUACCAGCUCCAACCGAAGAAAUGCAUACCGUCGGUGAUGCUGAUGAUGAUUUGCUCACUCAGAUGUCAAAUAAUCUCGUGCCAUCGAAUAGCUUUCAUGGCAUGAGAACUGAAGAUGUGAGCUCUGAGGAAGAUUUUUUACCAUCAGAUAAAGAGUAUAUUCCAAACAGUGAUGAAGACUCUAUAGAUCGUGAAUUUGAGAAACGAAGCCAGAUAUAUAUACCAGAAUCAGAUACGUCGUCCAUCGAUGAGCUGGAAAAUAUUAGACAUGACGGAAUGACACAAUCAUUGAACAAUACUCCCUCAGAUAUUCAGCCAGAGUUAUCACCUCAAAUUUCUGUAAAGAAGAGUCGUAAAAGAACUUUAAAUAAAUUAAAAUGGAAAUGCAAUUUAAGAAAGCAAGGCGCAAUCACAGGCAAAUCUUAUAUUUCUAAGAAAGGAAAAGUUGUUCCAGAAAAGAAGAUGAAACCAGCAUGUGAUUGCAGAUUGAAAUGUAAUGAACUUAUAAACGACGCUAUUAGACAAUUCAUUUAUCAAAAGUAUUACGCGGAAGAGAUGACGUAUGAUUUAAAAAGACAAUUUAUUAUAUCUAGAGUCUCAGAAGUUCAAACUGCUAGAUCCAGACGCCGUGACCCUGAUCAACCACCUAAAAGAGUAUACACAUUAAAUUACACAUUUUUAAUUGAUGAAAAAGUCGAAAAGGUUUGCAAAAAAUUUUUUUUGAAUACGUUGGCUAUUUCAGAAACUGUGGUGAGGAACGCGGUAAAAAAAUCUACACAAGGAUUUGUUCAAGCAGAUAGACGAGUAAGACAUCCACCUCCUAAUAAAACAGCAGAUAUAGUUAAAGAAACAGUACGAAAACAUAUUAGCAAGAUACCUAAAUAUGAGAGCCAUUAUAGUCGAAACAGAACAGAAAGACAUUAUCUUGGAAGCCACCUAAAUAUUGAUAAAUUAUAUUCUUUGUAUUUAGAGUUCUGUACUGAAGAGGGUAUACCGAAAGAGAAUAUGGCAAAGGCGUGGCUAUACAGACAUAUUUUUAAUACAGAGUUUAAUCUCGGUUUCAAUCCUCCUGCUAAUGAUACUUGUGAUGAUUGCGAUACGUAUGUUACCAAAUACAAAAAUGCCACAGAUGAAACUGAAAAAAAUAAUAUUAAAGCUCUACAUCAUAAACACCUUGAGGAAAGCGGUCUACGAUACACUUUGAAAGGAUUUGAUAAAGUUGCAGCUAUAGAAAGCCACGGUGCCAAAAAAAUGCUGACAGUGGACCUCCAAAAAUGUUUACCCACACCCUAUUUAACUAAUGGGCAGAGUUUCUAUUACAGAAAGUUGUGGACUUUUAACUUCACAAUUAUGGAUUCAGUUCCCAAAGAAAGUUGGUGUUUUAUGUGGGAUGAGACCGUGGCAGGACGAGGCGGAAACGAAAUGGCGUCAGGAAUAGUUAAGUUUUUUGAGCAGCUAAACGAUAGCGCAUUGAAAGAAGUAACAGUAUGGAGCGACAACUGUGCGGGGCAAAAUAAAAAUAUUUAUUUAAUGAUGGCUUAUUUGUGGAUAUUGUCACAAAAAGAAAAUAUAGAGGUAAUAAACCACAAAUACUUAUUAAAGGGCCACACACACAUGGAAGUGGACGUUGUUCACUCUAUAAUAGAAAGAGAAAAAAAGAAAAUGCAAGAGUUUUCAAUCGUGACUCCCUGGGACUGGCAACAGUUUAUAAAAAGCUGUUCAAGGAACUGCAAAAUUAAGGUGGUGAACAUGGAAACUAUGGAUUUCAUGGAUUUUUCAGCCUUCUGCAACGGGUCAUCAGCUCCUUUUGUGCAUAGAAAAAAAUCGAUUGCGGGAGAGUCUGUACCAUAUUCUGCUAUUGUAUGGAUGCAAUUCCGAAAAAAUGAGAUUGGUUCGAUGUUUUACAAAACUUCUUUUGACCAGGAAACAUUCGAAGAAGUUAGUUUCGUAAGAAAUAAACGGAAAAGAUUUUCUAUACCCACGCCGAAACCUAUACGAGAAAACCCAAGACCUAUUUCGAGACUCAAGUAUAACGACUUACAAAAAUCGUUGCAGUGGAUACCAGCCAUGUUCCAUGACUAUUACAGGAAUCUUCCAUGUGCAGAUGUCCCGGACUUACCUGAAGCGUGCGAGUAG